AUGGUGGUUGAGAUAUUCUACAGAUGCGAGGAACUUAUGAGUUUUGUUGAUGAUAGACUGUUUCUGGAUGUUAUUUCCAACUGGUUUGUUCUGAGAAAUGGGCUUUUGUUGUGCUUCCAGUCAUCAAAAUUGGCUUUGCCGGAUUACUUAAGUAGCUUGAAUAGAAACUCGACAGUCGAAUAUACGUUUUUGAUUGAAAGAAGCAGACGGGUAGUCGAUUUUGUAAACCAGGGCCGGAUUUUUCCGUUUAUGACAGACUGCCGUCUAGACGAAAUCAAACUAAGCAAGAGCACGUUUAGGUAUCUCAUUUGCAGAAGAGUUGAUAUUCCUUCACUAAUGGCCUACUGCGAUCUUUCAAACGAGGAAGUUCAACUAAUUGCUGAAAAAAUAGUAAACGAUCAAGGGUUUCGGAAUGGUUGUAGGAAAUUCAUCGAGGAUCAGGGCAUAUUAAGUAGCACUAUGCUGAUUAUUGCAUCCCUAUGUAAUGCCAAAGCAGAGUUAAGAAAUAGCGUCUCCCCUAGCAUUCAUAAGUACUACUGUGGGAAGCAUUUUGAUAGUAUCUACAUGCCAUUUUCUGCUUUUUAUCCUAUUCUUGAAUUAUCACAGUUAGAGGUAUAUUUUCUGUAUUUAUUUCACAAAUCUGAUAUUAAGCAUGACCUUGAAGACAUUGUCGAGUCGCUCAAGACUAACAAUACGAUUUGUGAAAUGCCAAAUUCCAGCACGAUACUCGAGCCAAGCUUUUUUUCAAUAGAUUGCAGACUACCAGCGACUAUAAAAGAGCGAUCAACGCAAGCACAGAUCUUAGACUUGGUGCUGAGUAAAGGCUAUUCGAUUGGGUAUGAUCCCGAUAUUUAUAAAUAUUUGCCUGAGUUACAAAAUGAGACGUAUUUUCAGAGUGUUUGUAAAAAGUUUGCCAGGGAGAUAAUUGAGGAUGAAAUUUUUGAUCCGUUACCUGUAUUUUUGAAGGACAUAUCCCCUGUGCUUGAUUAUUUAAGAUUAAAAGUGUCUGAUGAAAGUAGAUAUGGGAAUACUAACACUGGUGCGAAGGACACGAGAGCGGAUUUCUCCUCUCAGCACAAUAGCUUUGUGUGUAGCCUUGAUACGUUGCAUACGUCUGUCCUUCUAUCAAGCUCAGAGUUCUCAUCUGAAAAGCCCAAGUAUCAUGAUGCUCUUGAAAAUCGUAGUGAGAUUGAUGCUGCGCUUCCACUUUUGUACUUCAGAGAAUGCGAGUGGUUAGACGAUGACGAAAGGUUGGUUUUGCUAGAAUAUUACAUGGCUAAGCUUGACAUUAAUGUUGUUGUAGACAAUUUUCUAUGCACAAAGAAUCCUUCAGCUAAAACAGUGCUAUAUUUUACAAAUAAUAUACAGAACAUCGACGAUAAACUGCUCAGAGCCAGGGUGUGUUGUAAGCUUUCUAUUCCGUUCAAUUCACAUGAUCUUUCUGAAGCAGAUAUCAAAUUUAUUGUUGAUAUGUCUGACGAUGUAUUCCAGCUCAGACAGUACAUGUACUCCAACAAGAUCUCCAAAACAUGCAUUGCAAAGUUUAUAUCGAAGCUUACAGCAGAACAAACAGAUGUCAUGUUGAGUGAAAUAGAUUGUGUUGGUGCAAAUCCAGAUUUUCUUGCUGCUUUUAUAACCCACAUUACAUCACAGUAUGAGUUUUCAUAUAUUUGCAAUUUGCUAUCAAAACUUCUUGACCUGAAGGUAGCAGAAAUAGUUAAGAAAAUUCAGAAAUACCUUAUUAGGCUAUUCAAUGGUUUGUUUGUUCAAGAAGAUUACAUUCCUCUGGCCGAGAGUUUGUAUUCAAGGAUGCUUGGAUUUGAGGAUUGUGAAAUCAAAAGCAACAACGACAAAAUAUUAAUUUUAAUUGGCAGUGCAGCCAAGAUGAUGAAAAAGGAGCCAUUCAUUGGCAAUUUAAAAGCAAAUGAAUAA